ACCUGAGGGGCAGCGAGGCGCCUCCACAAGAUGGCGGCCGUCUCGGAGUGCAACCGGUGGCCGCCUGAGGAGGUGCCGGGACAGCGCCGGGGCCAGCCCACGGUGGAGCGCCGGGUGCGCGGGGGGGACACCGACACGGACAGCGACGAGACCGUCGUGGAGGGCUCUGUGACGGAGAGUGAUGUGGAGGAAGAGGAGUUCUGUAGGAGGAGGUUGGCUUUUCUUAAUGUGGACAUAGCUUUAACCACUGAGAUGAGUAUUACUAAAGGAACUCCUUCUCCAGAAAUAUGUUUUAUACAGAAAUUUGAUGGCCAGACAUACUGUCAAAAGGAAGACGAGAUAAAUCCAAUACUUCAAGAGGCAUACACAUCUGACCAGUCUCAGUCUCUACUGCAGGGUUGGAUAAAGCAUUCAUCACCUACUGAAAAUAUUUCUAAGUCUGAUUUUUCACUAAAUGCUGCAGUAGAAGAACAGCAACUUAAUUCUGUAGAUAUGAAAUUGAAUGAAUUUCAAAAGGAUUCAGAAGAAAAGGUAAAAACUGUAGUUCCUAAGUUUGCAGAACACAAGGGUAGGAGCACAGCAGUAAAAGGGAAGUGGGGAAGACAUCAUCAUGACACAGAAUCUAUUUCACAAAAAUUAAGUAAUGAAGAUCUCUCUCCAGAAAUAAGCCUCUGUCUAGAUGGCCCUGUGGAAGACGUAACAGUUCUAAAUGAACAGGCACCAGAAGAUACAUUUCAGCAUGUUUUAGAUGAUUGCCACAGAACCUGUGUGACCACUAUUGACAUUGAUAACGUAGUAGAGGAGCAUUCCCUUAAUAAUGAUACAAAUCUUUCUCUGACAUCCCCAAGGAAGAUUUUCAUGGAUGUAUUCACUGAACAGAGUAUAGAGACUGGUGGAUUUGACGGCAGCGCUGUGUUAACAUCCCCUGGUGAUUCUGAGAGUCUUAAAGUGAUAAACCCAUUGCCUGACAAGUUAGAGUGUCAGGGUCAUGCCUUUUCCACUGAUCCAUCAGCAGCUGAGAGCAGUGAUGCCCUGCCGGUAGAGCUUGUGAGGCCUCUGGAUGCUUUGUCAGGAUCUGUGUUACAACCUAUCACUCCUAUGGUGCCAAUUGAGAGACAGCUUAACACCGAGGGAGAGCAGCUAAAUUCAGAACCCAGCAUUCCCCAAUUAGAUGAUGACUGUACACAAAUAACAAACAUGAUGGACCCUCAACUUGCUACAAGUCAGGUGAAAGAAAUAAAUGCCUUCAGAGGAUCCGACUCUCAGAGGACAACAAAUGAGCAACAGAGAGAGAAAGAAGUAAUUCCUGAUUACUGGGAUGCCACCUCUAGUAAAAAGCAAACUGGUGAGGGACAUUCACAUUCAGUGGAGCUUACAGCAUGUGCAGAAACAGCCCAAACAAUAUCAAGUAAAAUUCAGAAAUCUACUUCUAAAGACAAGCAGAAUCUAGAAACCAGAAUAUGGCAAGAAAUAAUUCUGAAUGAGUAUACAGAAGCUAAUCGGAGAAGCAGGAGAAUUGACAACAAACGGAAACGAGAAGCCUUUGGUAAGGGUCUGGCUCGCCCUCUUACACUUUCAGCAAUCCACAGGAGGAAUGUGUAUGGUGAGAAUUUACUGCAUAGAGCUGUUACUCAUCAAGAUGUAGACCUUGUACGUAAGAUCAUAAAAGCUGGUGGAAAUGUAAAUGCUCAGGAUUAUUCUGGCUUGACUGCACUACAUAUAGCAAGUAUGGAAGGCUUUUAUGGGAUAGCAAAUCUGCUUUUGAAAGCAGGUGCUGAUGUUAAUGCUGCAGAAAAGGAACAAAUAACACCGUUGCAAGAUGCAGUUAAAGAAGGCCAUUAUGAGAUGGUGAACUUACUACUUUGGUAUGGAGCUGAUCCCUUAUUAAAAAAUAAAAUGGGAAGGUGUGCAUUAGAAGAAGCUUCUGACCCAUCUAUGAGGAAACUUCUUACCAGUUAUGUGGAAAAAUCCAGGGGAUAUUCAGUAUCAGGAACACCCAAUAUGCUGUUAGAAUCUACCAGAAAAGAACCUGUAAUUGUACACACUACCCGUAAUUCAAGAACUGGACGAAAGAAGAAAAUUAAGAGAAACGAAAAAGGGGAAACUCAGCUGCAUAUUGCUGCUAAGAGAGGAGAUUUGUCCUUGGUGAAGGCGCUGAUAUCAUCUGGAAUUUGUGUCAAUGAACAGGAUUAUGCAGGUUGGACAGCACUUCACGAAGCUUCCAGUGGGGGAUUUACUGAUGUGAUCUUAGAAUUACUGAAAGCAGGUGCUGAUGUCAACAGCAGAAGUCUGGAUGGUGUUUUACCAAUACACGAUGCUGUUUCUGGCAAUUAUUUGGAGGCAGUCAGGAUUCUACUGCAGCAUGGAGCGAAUCCCUAUGAGAGGAAUGGAGCAGGGGAAAGUGCUGUGGAUCAAGCUUGUGAUGAAGAAAUGAAAGAACUUCUGAAGUCUUACAGUGCUAUGGACUCUCUACUUCCCGUUCCGACAAUUGAAGGUAGUGAGAGGAAAUCAGAACAUUGUUGCUUUGACUACUGUAAAAAUGAUGAUGCAGCUUGGGAGCCACAACAUGAGAAAUACAGUAUGAAGUCUGUUGCUGCCAUACAAAAUACAGAAAAGAAGCAGAAAGAACUGUUGCUAUAUGAACUGACAACUUCCAAAGAUGCAGAUGUGUAUAUACAAAGGCUGUCUCAAAUACAAGAUACUUUGAAUGAAAUGCUUGCAAGCCAGAAAACAGAGAGGGAUGCCCUUGCUAAAAAAUACAGGGCUUCAGUGGAAUCUUUCAAAAAAGGAGCACUGAGGAAACAAUUAGUUAACCUUGCUUCUAGGCAAAAGAGUCUGUUGACUCUUGCCCAAAACCAGGAAAAAUUAGUGCAGAAAAUACAAAGUUACAGAAAAACAAAGCAAAUUUGCAGUUCAUCAUCUUCAGAGAAGCAAAGCUCAAACUGCGUUAUUUUCUAUGGAAAUGAUGUAAGACAAAGUUUAACUGCUGAUGAAAUCGUAUGUCCUGAUGUAGUUACAUUUAGUAUGGGGCUUUGUGCCAGCAUGCCUAAUAGAAACAGAGUAGGAGUACAUGUCUCUUUAGAAAAUAGAUUUUCAGCUCAGGACUUCAGCCAGCAUCCACACAUCUGCUUGGAUGAGACAGGAGCAAAUAAAGAAGCAAUUAGAAGCAAAGAGGCUUCUGAUCAUGCUUUGGCAUCUGAAAACAGUGUAAGAGAAUAUCCCUUUGACAACAUGUCAAAGCUGACAAACGCUGCGGAAGUGGUGACAUUGCCUUCAGAACCUACUGUUUCCACUGCUAAAACAAGAUGCUCACAGCAAAAAGACAUUGAUUGUGUAGCAUUUGCAGAACAAGGAAACAAGUCUUUAAAUCCCACUUCAGUGACCAACACAUUAAAUAUUGUGAAUAAGAAUGUCUGUCAGCCAGCCAGUGACUGCCUGCAGGGUAUUACACAUGGGAGUCUACACAGAUAUGUCAACAAGAAAGAAGCUUUCCAGCAGCAGCAAGUAAAUUUUUUAGCACCUAUGAAGAACUUCCCUAAUACUUCGCAGCAAAUGGUCCUUUUGAGUAGUGAGAAUUCUUUUAAUACCAACUUGGUGCUUACAAAUCUUACCUCAAAUAGAGAUUCUCAAGUAAAUGUUAGUGAGAAAUCUUCACAGAGCUAUAGUAACCAGGAACGGGAACAAAAACAAGUGAGGUAUGAACGGAAAAGUAAGAAAAAGCUUCAAUUGAUAGAUCUGCUUGAAUUGGGAAGGAUUAAGCCAGGAAAAAAUGUUUUAGAAUUCAAACUGCAGGAAUUUAGUCAUAAAGCUACAAUCUUAAAGAAUGGCAAGAUCAGAACCAGUAAAGGACGAAUACUGCAGAAUCCAGUUCAAUGGGUUAAAGACCUACUAGGAAGUGAUAUUUCUGUGACAUGGAAGUAUGUGUGGAAUAAGGUUACAUAUCUUGGGACAGAAUUGUCAAAAUUUAUUGUUGAUGAAGUGUCAGUUUCCAGUGACCUGGAGUUACCAACACAAGAAGGAGAGCCUUUGGGAAAGAAUUUUAUCACAAGGGGCUGCAGCAACCACAGCCAGCACCAUCAGAGUUUUAGUACUGUCUCCAUUGCUCAGCCUCUUGGGAGCUUUGACCUGAGCAACGUGCAUCCAGACACCCCAUCCUUGCCCCAAAGAGAAGUUGUGAAAACUUUGCUGUGUACUGAAAGAGAAGCAGCUGUUGACAGGGAAUUUAUGAGCUCUUCUGUCCAGUUUAACUCAGUGGAAAGUCUGACACAUUUUCUUCAAUUCCAUGAGAGAGUAAUGGUAUGUAAAGAGGAGUUUCUGCCAUGCUCUGUAAUGGAAAAGCACUGGAGUUUCUACAGAGGGUGUGAAGAUUUUGGAUUCUAAAGACUUCUUGAGUGCUAACAUUUCUUCUCAUCACUUAGAAGUAAAUACUUGCGCUUUUAGAACUAAGUGCUUUGUUACCGUCAUUUUGAUAAAUCAUUUGCCCAGCACUUGGAAUGAAUGGAAAGAUUGAUUAAGUGAGGAACAGGGGAGUACUUAGUAGCAGAUAAGGAUAACUGUCAAUAUUUAAUUUUGUGCUGCAAAAUUAAGAAAUGGGGAAAUAGAUGAGGACUGUUAUACAGUGGUACUUAUGAAUUAUAUUCCAGGUUGAUAACUUUGUAUGGAAUUCAAGUUUUAAUUUAAGAUUUAAGUAACUGCUCAUGCUUGAUGGGGCAGCACAGAACCUGACAGAUAUCAACACAAAUAGUUACUUCCUACACCUAAACCUGGAACUGCUCUGGCUGAGCAUGUGCUAUCAGAAAUAGCAGCACAUGUUUUUGUAAUAAUAUAAACUGUUAGGGUAGGCAAAAAAUCAAGAUGGGCAGCUUUGAAAAUCACCAGCAGCUUUGCUUUGUGUGGCAUGGAUAUAACAUUUGAGAAGAGGGGCAGGUGCUGGGAGAGGUUAAAAGAGGAAUUUUGGCCACUGGAAGUGCUCAGGGAAACUCCAUUCAUGUUCCAGACAAGUCUUUCUGACAGGCAGAAAAUGUGCUGGCAUAUGGCAGGAAUUACAGUUAGCCUGUUUGCAGAACACAAAUUUUUUCAUCUGACAGCAUCUUAGAUGUUCAUUCCAAAUUCUGGCGGGUUUCUAUUUAUUUUAAUUUUACAAUGUGCGAAUCUGCCUUAGCAGCAUAUUUGUAACAUGUCUGACUGUCAUGAGAGUUAUCUGCAUUCAAAUGGCAUUCUUGCUCUUUCAUUCUCUGGAUUAUAAGAAGGAAUGAAAUAAUUGUACCUGCUACUGCUAACUCCAGUGAAUGGGAUGAGAAGUAUCUCUGUCAAUACAAAACAACCUCAGCAAGACAUUUGGAGUGCGAAGAGAUGUUCUGGAGAGAUUUGAUUAGUGUCUUAAAGAGAAGUUGGUUUAGGGAAGAGAGAGGGGUCUGACACGCAGACAGCUAAUACUGUGCCAUAGGAUGCAUGAGCAAUCAUAGGUGGGCUGUAAGAAUGAAGAAAUGCAAAUGGCCUGGAAGUCAAAAAAAGGUAAAUGCUAUUGAGUAACAGGUAUUUUGUAAAGGUCAAUUUCCACACAGAAGGAAAAUGGAGUGGUCUCACAACUGCAGCAGCAAAACAAACCUGAAGGCAUGUUGUUUUAAAAGGAAGUGUUCGUUCAAAUAUGGCACUUACACUGAAAAGCAGAAAAUAUUUGACUGUUAAAAUGACCUCUGAAUUGCAUGUUUGUUUGACAUUUUUUCUUUGUUGCAAGAUGUCUAAUAAAAUUAAUGUAAAAAACCCA